UGUCCUUCUUCAUCUUCCUAAAUGUUGGGAUUUGCAAUGCGAGAUAUUAAAGAAGGAGGCCCCGAUGGAGGAGGCGCUCCAAUGUUGUACGCCAACACAGCCAGAACGACAAGCAUGUCGAGGUCGAAGUUCGGAGCCGUCUUGCAUUCUGAUCCUAAUAUCUCAUCUUCGACAAACAAUGUCGACGAUGAUUUCCCAAUGCGUAACAGCAGUGCCUCCCUAAACCUAUCUGCUUGUUAUGACCCGAGUCGAAUGAGCGGUGAGGGUUCUCCUAUGACAAUGUCACCAUGGAACCAAACUUCACCUUUCCCCAAAUCAGCUUGGGCUGAUUUCGACGAAAACGUUUCUCAAAACGCUCUCAUCGGCUCGCUGGUUCGCGAAGAAGGCCAUAUUUAUUCCUUAGCCGCGUCCGGUGAUCUCUUAUACACUGGCUCAGACAGUAAGAACAUUCGGGUCUGGAAAAACCUCAAAGAAUUCUCGGGGUUCAAAGGGAAUAGCGGUUUGGUUAAAGCUAUUAUACUUUCCGGGGAAAAGAUUUUCACGGGUCACCAAGACGGGAAAAUUCGUGUUUGGAAAGUUUCUCCAAAGAACCCGAGCGUUCAUAAACGAGCUGGGACUUUACCGAGUUUGAUGGAUAUCUUCAAAAGCUCGAUCAAACCUAGUAAUUAUGUCGAAGUGAGACGACGUCGUACUGCUCUAUGGAUCAAACACACGGACGCGGUGUCGUGUUUGAGUUUGAGCGAAGACAAACAGUUUCUGUAUUCGGCUUCGUGGGAUAGGACUAUUAAGGUUUGGAAAAUCGACAACUCGAAGUGCAUCGAAUCGAUUAACGCUCACGAUGACGCCGUUAAUUCUGUUGUGGCCAGUGCCGAAGGGUUGGUUUACACAGGCUCAGCUGACGGAACCGUUAAGGUUUGGAAAAGAGAAGUUAAUGGCAAGGUUACGAAGCAUUCUCUGACUCAGAAACUGUUGGAGCAAGAGUGUGCUGUAACGGCGUUAGCCGUUAACGCCUCCGGUUCGGUUAUGUACUGUGGGUCCUCUGACGGAAUCGUUAACUUUUGGGAACGGUUUGAGAAGAAACUAUCACAUGGGGGUGUCCUCAGGGGACACAAAUUGGCUGUACUGUGUCUCGCGGCUGCAGGGAGCUUGGUGCUGAGUGGUUCGGCUGAUAAGACCAUCUGUGUGUGGAGGAAAGACGGCGUUAUUCACACGUGUCUUUCCGUUUUGACGGGACAUAACGGGCCCGUUAAGUGCUUGGCUAUUGAGGAGGAUCGUGAGCCGUCCAAUAAUGGUGAUCAACGGUGGAUUGUUUAUAGUGGGAGUCUUGAUAAGUCUGUGAAGGUUUGGUGUAUUUCUAGUUUGGCUCCUGAUUUGAAUCUGAUGGUUAUGAGGCAACAACAGCAGCAACAACAACAACAACAGUAUCAGUUUCAGUUUCAGCAACAGCAGAGUCUGAAUCAGAACCAUAAUCAUAAUCAGAAUCAUGAUCAUGAUCAUGAUCAUAAUCAUAAUCAAGAUGCGGAUUCAGUGCCAUCUGAUGGGAGUUUCUCCUCUACUGGCAGAGUUAGCAUGACCAAGAAGCACUGAUGAUCCCAACAACAACAACAACCUUUGUGGGCCCUUGAGAUCCCCGGUAAAUCAUAUCCACGUGUCAAGGAUAUAUUUCGUGAAAUUUUUUUUUUGCAUAAACGAUACAUAUAAUAUUCUUCUUAUAUAGGGUGAAUCUCAAAUAGUAUAAGAUUCACUUUCAUGUGAGAUAGAUGUUAUAUAUUCGCUUAAUUGAAUUUGUAACUCAAAAAACAAAAAAAACAAAAAAACCAAAAAAAAUAAAAAAUUGCAACUUGGUGAUACGUGGAUUUAAGGCAAGUGGAUGUUGGGGUUUGAGGUAGUUAUGUUGAGGGUUUGCCUACAUGGAAGGGAAGAAAGAUUACGAGGGAUUGAUGUUAUUUUUAAAUGGACUUGGAAGAUUGGUGUGGGUGUGGAUUGAGAUGGAUGAUAUGUAUAUUUUAUGAGUGGGUAUGAA